GUGUGUAUGUGUGUGCGUGUGUAUGUAAGAGAGAGUGAGAGAGUGUUUUUUUUCCUCUUUGGUGUUCCUCUGUUCCCCUCUGUGUAGGCAGCCAGAGGAGUACUGGAGUGGGAGGGAAGCAGACGUAGACGCUGAGCACAGUGAGGGAGACGGAGACAGAGAAAGAGAGAGAGUUUUCUUUAGGAAGUCAAGCACGACAGGCGAGGACGAGCUUCUUUUUUUUGUCUCCCCCCCCUACCACAAGAACAAUCAAAACAGGACUAGUCUGACCUAAAGUAGCCAUUUCUUCUGCUUGUGAGGACAAAAAACCUUACCUUACCUUUUGUACCUUUUUUUUCAUCCUCCACACGUAGUCUUUCUCCCACACGUUGUGUGUGCUUUGCUUUCAGCAUAAGGACUUCUGCAGCAGUAGCAGCGGCUUUGUAAAAGGAAAAAUCUCUUAAGGAAAAGCAGUUAACGGAGUUUACGAAGCUGUGGAUCAGUCAUGCCCAUGAGAGGCUGUAGGGCAUGGAAGUGGGCACUGCUCCUGUGUGGCGCCCUGUUCUCCCACCAUGCCACCGCGUGCCCAGCUCUGUGCACCUGCAGCGGCACCACCGUGGACUGCCACAACCUGGGGCUCAAGAGCAUUCCCAGGAACAUCCCAAGGAACGCAGAGCGACUGGAACUGAAUGGAAAUAACUUCACCCGCAUCAACAAGAAUGAUUUUAGUGGACUCAAAUACCUCCGUGUUCUGCAGCUGAUGGAGAACCAGAUUGGAGCCAUCGAGCGGGGGGUCUUUGAUGACAUGAAAGAACUGGAGAGACUACGUCUAAACAGGAACCAACUCUACCAGCUGCCAGAGCUACUCUUCCAGAAGAAUGCUGCUUUGUCACGACUAGACCUAAGUGAGAACUUCAUCCAGGCCAUUCCCCGCAAGGCCUUCCGUGGAGCUACAGACAUCAAGAACCUUCAGUUGGACAAAAAUCACAUCAGUUGUAUUGAGGAUGGAGCAUUCCGGGCACUUCGAGGGUUGGAGGUUUUAACACUAAACAACAACAACAUCAGUGCAAUACCGGUGUCGAGUUUUAACCACAUGCCCAAGCUGAGGACGUUCCGUCUGCACUCAAAUAAUCUGAAUUGUGACUGCCACCUGUCCUGGUUGUCCCAAUGGCUGCGUCAGAGGCCCACACUUGGUCUGUUCACACAGUGCUCAUCUCCACCACAGCUCCGCGGGAUCAACGUGGCUGAGAUCCAGAAACAUGAGUUCAGUUGUUCAGGUCAUUCAGAGAAUUCCAGCCCACAGACAUGCAGUCUUGCUUCUGGCUCCUGUCCUGCCAUGUGCACCUGCAGCAAUAACAUAGUGGACUGCAGGGGUAAAGGACUAACGGCCAUACCAGCCAACCUGCCUGAAAACAUGGCCGAAAUACGACUGGAACAGAACGGCAUUAAGUCUGUCCCACCAGGAGCAUUUUCACCGUACAAGAAGCUACGCCGAAUAGACCUCAGCAACAACCAGAUCUCCGAGAUUGCUCCUGAUGCCUUCCAAGGCCUGCGUUCCCUCAACUCUUUGGUGCUGUAUGGGAAUAAGAUCACAGAGUUACCCAAAGGAGUGUUUGACGGACUCUACGCUCUCCAGCUGCUACUACUGAAUGCCAAUAAGAUACACUGUGUCCGUGCUAAUGCAUUCCAAGACUUGCAGAAUCUUUCGCUGCUGUCUCUCUAUGACAAUAAGAUCCAGACACUGGCCAAGGGCACCUUUGCCUCGCUGCGUGCCAUUCAGACACUUCACCUGGCCCAGAACCCAUUUAUUUGUGACUGUAACCUCAAAUGGCUAGCCGACUAUCUCCGUGCUAACCCGAUCGAGACGAGUGGUGCACGAUGCGCUAGCCCACGCCGCCUUGCUAACAAGCGCAUUGGCCAGAUCAAAAGCAAGAAGUUCCGCUGUUCUGCCAAAGAGCAGUACUCCAUUCCAGGCACAGAGGACACCAGGUUGAACAAUGAAUGCAACAAUGAACCUGUCUGCCCAGCCAAGUGUCGCUGUGAAUCCAACGUGGUGGACUGCUCCAAUCUGCGCCUCACCAAGAUCCCUGAACACAUCCCAGCCUCCACCACCGAGCUUCGCCUGAACAACAAUGAAAUCACUUCUCUGGAAGCUAACGGCGCAUUCAAGUCUCUGACACAGCUGAAGAAAAUAAAUCUCAGCAAUAACAAGAUUGUUGAAAUUGAAGAUGGUACGUUUGAAGGCGCUUCGUCUGUCUCUGAACUUCAUCUGACAGCCAAUCAGCUGGACUCUGUGCGCAGUGGCAUGUUCCAGGGUCUGGAGGCACUACGGAUGCUAAUGCUGCGUAACAACCGUAUUAGCUGCAUCCAUAACAACAGCUUCACUGGCUUGUAUAAUGUUCGACUACUGUCCCUCUAUGACAACCAGCUGACCACCAUCUCACCUGGAGCUUUUGACACCCUUCAGACCCUCUCAACCUUGAACUUGCUGGCAAAUUCCUUCAACUGCGACUGCCGGCUAGCAUGGCUAGGUGACUGGCUGAGGACUCGCAAGAUUGUCACCGGCAACCCGCGCUGUCAGCGCCCCGCUUUCCUGAAGGAGAUUCCGCUGCAGGAUGUAGCUCUGCCAGAUUUCCGAUGUGAAGACGGCCAAGAGGAUGCCAGCUGCUUGCCACGCCCACAGUGCCCGAGCGAGUGUACUUGCCUGGAGACAGUGGUCCGCUGCAGCAACAAGCACCUUCAUUCCCUCCCUAAGGGCAUCCCACGUAAUGUUACUGAGCUGUACCUGGACGGCAACCAGUUUAGUGUUGUGCCAAAAGACCUCGCCACCUUCAAGUAUCUGCAGCUAGUUGAUCUGAGCAACAACAAAAUCAACGCCUUGACAAACUCCUCCUUUGCAAACAUGAGCCAGCUCACCACCUUGAUCCUGAGUUACAACGCACUCCGCUGCAUUCCGACACUUGCUUUUGCAGGUCUUCGCUCUCUCCGUCUGCUGUCCCUGCACGGUAAUGACAUCUCACAGUUUCCUGAUGGGAUCUUCAGUGACGCAGUGUCUCUGUCUCACUUGGCCAUCGGUGCGAACCCGCUGUACUGUGACUGCCGCUUGCGCUGGCUCUCAGACUGGGUAAAGACGGGCUAUAAGGAGCCUGGCAUUGCUCGCUGCGCCGGGCCACCUGAAAUGGAGGGCAAGCUGCUUCUCACCACACCAGCCAAGAAGUUUGAGUGCCAUGGUGAAGCUGACCCAUCUGUCCUGGCUAAGUGUAACCCGUGCCUGUCCAAUCCCUGUAUGAACCACGGCACAUGCCAGACAGAUUCACCAGAUCUGUAUAAGUGCACAUGUGUAGAAGGCUUCAAGGGAAAGAACUGCGAGACUGCCCUCAAUGCCUGCAUCAGUAACCCUUGUGCUAAUGGUGGAACCUGCCAAGUGACCGAAGAAGAAGAUAGCUACAUUUGUUCAUGUCCUCUGGGAUUCGAAGGCCAAAGAUGUGAACUCAACACUGAUGACUGUGAGGACAAUGACUGCGAGAAUGGAGCAACCUGCAAAGACGGUGUGAACAACUACACAUGCUUGUGUCCACCUUAUUACACAGGAGAGAUGUGUGAAGAGCUGGAAGACUUGUGCUCUCCUGAACGCAGCCCCUGCAAGCACCAAUCAACCUGUCUUAUUACAGCAGCUGGCCCAAAGUGUGUGUGUACGCCUGGGUAUGUGGGAGAUGACUGCAGUGUGGACUAUGACGACUGUCAGGAACACAAGUGCCAGAACAAUGCAGAAUGUCUGGAUGAGAUCAACGGUUACUCCUGUGCUUGCACCCGAGGCUACAGUGGGCAGCUGUGCGAAGUGCUGCCUGUAACACGUUCCCCCUGCCAGCUGGCUGACUGCCAAAACGAUGCCCCAUGCGUGGAGCGAGCAGGCCGGGCACUGUGCCAGUGUCUGCCCGGCUUUGGCGGCCCGCGCUGUGAGAAGCUGGUCAGUGUCAAUUUUGUGGACCGGGACUCAUAUCUGCUGCUGAGCGACUUGAAGAACUGGCCUCAGGCCAACAUCACCUUGCAGGUGUCCACUGCAGAGGACAAUGGCAUCCUCCUGUAUAAUGGAGACAAUGACCACAUUGCUGUGGAACUUUUCGAAGGUCACGUCAAGGUCAGCUAUGACCCUGGCAGUCAACCCAGCCAUGCCAUUUACAGCACGGAGACCAUUAAUGAUGGUCAGUUCCACACAGUGGAAUUGGUGACCUUUGACCAGAUGGUGAACCUGUCGAUUGAUGGCGGUGUGCCCACCACCAUGGGCAGCGUGGGAACAGUGAGGCCCCUCAAUGGAGACGCUCCGCUAUACGUGGGGGGUAGGGGCCCAGCGCAGAUACCUCGCUCCACUGCAGGCAUGCCCGUUGAUGUGCACUCAUCUAUAGCUCCACGCGCAUGGCACAUUCAGAAUGGUUCCAGUUUCCAUGGCUGCAUCCAGAACCUGUACAUCAACAACGAGCUGCAGGAUUUCACCAAGACCCAGAUGAAGCCUGGCGUGGUGCCCGGCUGUGAGCCAUGUCGAAAGAUUUACUGUCUGCAUGGAAUCUGUGAACCAGACGCCGCUCUUGGCCCCGUUUGCCAUUGUCAGCCAGGCUGGAGCGGCCAGCACUGCGAUCAGCCCUCUUCCAACCCAUGCCAGGGCAACAAGUGUGUGCAUGGAAAAUGCAUCCCACUGGACAUGCAGUCCUACCGCUGUGAAUGCCAAGAAGGUUACCGCGGUGCUCUGUGUAACCAGCAGGGAGAACUCUUUAACCCGUGCAGAAGGUUACAGUGCAAACAUGGCCGGUGCCAGAUUUCAGACACGGGUGAUGCGUACUGCCACUGCGAGAAUGGAUACACUGGGGAAUUGUGUGAUCAAGAGUCGGAGUGUCGUGGUGAACCGGUGCGGGACUUCUACCAGGUGCAGCGUGGCUAUGCAAUCUGCCAGACGACGCGCAUGCUCUCGUGGGUGGAAUGCAGUGGAGCAUGCCAGCCAGGAGCCUGCUGUGCCAGCCAGAGGACCAAGCGCCGCAAAUACACAUUUGAGUGCAGCGAUGGCACCUCAUUCAGCGAAGAGGUGGAGAAGAGCAUCAAGUGCGGCUGUGUGGGCUGCAUGUAGUGCAGAGAAGGGAGGCAGAGAGAGAAAGAGAGAGAGAGAAAGAGAGAUGUCACGAGUCAGAGAGUAUACAGAAAUAUAUAAUAAAACUAUAUAUUAUGGACAACGACGUUUGUAAAAUAGAGGACUUUUUUUCUCCCUCCGUGAACUCCCAAAGGAUGUACGGCAUAGGACAGAGCCAAAAAAAAACAAACAAACAUAAAAACAAACAAAAAAUAUGUUGUAUCUGUGAAACGUUGUCAGAAAAACAAACAAAAAAAAACGGUUGCUGAGAAGUCAUGAGGUGUCGCACGAUUUCCAUUUGAUUCCUUCUUUCCAUCCAUUCGCUAGGCCUCAGACAGCCUCAGAGCAACUAGCAGAGAGGUUAAGGCUUUCUCUUGUAGAGCACUAGAGGAGCAGUGGACGAAGAAACAAGGCUUUUUUUUUCUGCACAAGCAGCACAGGGGCUGUCCUCUUUGUAAAUGAGUGUGUCAGUAACACCAAUGACGUACAGUCCCACCACUGUCAAUAACACUGAACUUUUCUAUUAAGUACCUCUACAUCUAUACACACACCUACAGACAUAAUCUAUAUUAUAGACGAUGUAUACUGACUAACCGACCAUACCGGACCAUGUCCAAGCAAGUACUGUACAGCAUUAGCUAUAAUGCUACAGGCAUGUUGGGCUUACAAGUGAGUAGCUUUAAGAAGCUAGCAAAAUCAUCCAGUGAGUGCAGGACAAGAGAUAAUAUGUUAGAAAAUGUCACAAGGGACAUGUGUGUGUGCUCCUAACUUACAAGCUAAACAAAGCUAGCUGUUGUGCUUAGUCUCCCAUUAACGGUAUUGAGAGCACAAGCUUCUGGUGCCAUUACCUUGUACAUCAACUUACAGAGAGAGGGUUUACCAACAUUCAGAAACUUCCACAGAAUGUCUUGUGAAGCUUUGGGCCCUUGACCUCUUUAUUUGUCCACGCUUUUACGUGGAUGAUAGUUUUCUUGUCUAUUUUUUGUCAGUUUGUUACUUGCACUGUCAUUUGUGUUGCAGUUUAAAUGGAGCAUAUAUUCAGAUGAUAGUGCUGAAUUUUGAAGUUUUCAUUUCUUUCUUUUUUUUCUAUUUUAUUUGAUAAAUUGUGGUGUCCACAACACAUCACAUGAGGACUGUAGUUAUUAUUCAUAAGACCCCAGUAUAGCCAGUUGCAUUGCCUUUUUAGUUCAUAUCAAUGAAUUCUGGUAGGUGUGUUUAAUAAAGAGCCCCUUUUCUCAGUUUUGCAGGAUUAUAUUUGUCUCCCUCUGUGACACUGUAUUUGCAGAGCUGAGUGGUGUUACCACCUUGCACACUAUACACACCAGCCGAUAGUGUCCCGUGGCACCGUUCACCCAGCAUGCAUUGCAUUUCCCUUUCCCUCAAUGUGAGCAGGAGGAAUCUUAUUUUCUCCUCUCGAUGCCUGCAGUAUUACUUGUGCAAAUUUUUUGCAUGUUUGAAAGACUUGCAAUUUGAUAUCUAAGCAUCAUUAUUACUCGUUUUUGUGUCAUAAUUUCAAUGCUUUUUUUUGCAUUGCUUUCUUUGACAUUUUGUUUCCCGAUGUAACCUAACUCAUUUAGCCCUCUCUUUAUACAGAAAUGCCUAACAGAUUCUAAUAUAUAUUUGUAUUUCAUUUUUUUGGUAUAGUAUUUUUAUAUGUUAAAGAGUUAAUCUGUGUUUUUUCGGAGGUUACUAUUGGAUAAAGGCAGAAUGAUAUUUGGCAGACUUCAUUGGAAUAUAAUUGUUUCAAUUUUAACCCAACUACUCAUAGCAUGCUAAAAACUAAACUAGUAUGUAAUUGGCCAAAAUUUAUAAAGGAAACAAACAAAACAAAAACAAAACCCAAUGGCCUCGUUCUAAUAGGAGCCAGUAUUAAUUUAGGGGAAAUUUUAAUAUUGUAUAUGUUGUCUUCCAUGUGUAUAUUACAUCUAAUACAGUGUGCUUUUUUUUUUUCUUAAUUUUAUUUAUUUUUAUCUAAAGGCUUCCUGAUCUAGAAGUGGCAGAAUAAUGUUACAGAUUUUAAAUAACAAAAUUUCUUUCUUUUUUUCCCAAAUGAAAAUAAAAGUAAAAAUCCAAAACUUUCUUUAAAAUCUGUAUGGUAUUUAUGAUAUCAUUGUUAAAGCUAGAAAGGGCUGCCUAACACAUUCCGGUUUUUCCCAAGCCAGAGAGUUGAGAGGCCUAAACACAACUGCGAGCAGAAAAGAUUGUACCUCUAAUUUUAUUUUGUUUGUUAAUUUUUUAUUUUUUAUAUAUUUUAACUGGUGUUAUUACUUUCAUUUCAGAAAAAAAUGCCUACACAGAAUGCAUAUAUAGGGUUACUCCUCACUAAUUGCUUGCUCUGUCAGCAUCACCCAAGCAUAGGUGCCAACAUCAUAGACUUUUUGAUAGAUAUUUAAAAAGUCAUACUCUUUAGUAAAGUGGUAUCUUUUAGGAGUAACUUAAUGUGUCUAAUGUUCACUCUGCUAUCUGAAAGUCAUUCCUUUUUUUUUUUGUGAAUGGCAACAAACUUCAUCCUGUAUUUUUCUGCUGCUGUGGAUGCUAAAGCACUCAUUUUUAUAACCCCGUUCAAGCCUUGUCUUAUAGUUCUUCUUCGUCACUGAACAGCACAGCUGUUAGAUGGAGGUGAAAUGUUAAUCCAUGAAGGUGUGUUGCAUGGUUCCAAUGCAUUUUCCAUGCUUACUGUCUCGCUCUCCAGUCAUUUUACCCUCAAGACUUUAAGAUCUCAAACUGUUCCUGUCAUAAACCCUCUAUUUUUCCUAAGCUAUUCUCCUGAACAUGUAUUGUGAACAAUGCAGUGUCUCUGUUGUAUUGAUUUUUUUUUUUUUAAGUGCUGCAAGAGCUCUUAAAUGUUUGCUAACUAUCAAAUGUGCUUCUGUUGCUUUUUGUGCAUCUCUGGGAUUCGAUGGUUAAAAUUGAUCAUUGCAGUAAAUCUGAAUGUAAGUAGUGCCACCGACAAAAUGUUUACUGAAAACUCCACCCUUUUCAUUCAUUAAAAUGUGUGUGCUUUUAUUAUGUAA